AGUUUCGCGCUGCCUCUCGUUCGGUUCGCAUGCUGGUCCUUGUGUCUGCUCCAGCUCGCGCUUCCGGGUGUGACUUGUGUGACUGAUAUCCUCCAGAGAACUCACCUUACCAAUCACCUGCCAAUCGCACGGUGUAAUUAAUCCCUCUGAGAGUGGAGUUAGUGUUUGAGUUGGAAAUCCUCAACGACCUUUCGUGUCUCGUGGUCAAAAGGUUAAAGUCUGUCCCCCUUUUAAACUGUACCUCAAGUGGACCAAAUCCCUCAUGAUAAAACUAAUGGUGUGAAAUUUAAAUUAAAUGUGCUAUUGAUCAAAAAAUUUGUGCCACAAAUCCCAUUAAUUCCACAAAAAAAGCCAAUCGAAUUCAAUCAAUUUAAAACAAUUUUACAUGCACACUUGUGAAUUGACGUGGUUAAUUUGGUUCAAUUGAAGUGCAACAACGUGAAACCAAAAAAAAACCCAACCCCAUCAGAGAGAUUUGAGGGAAUAAACUCCACGUAAAGUGCAACAUCCUCUAUACCUGGUGUUGUAUCCCUUAAAGGAUUUACAACCAUCGUGGUUUAGGAUUGAUGCGCCCUGGGACACAUCGAGUCCAUAUUUUUUGGAAUAGUCGGUUUGCGACAACAGCCACAAAGUACAUUUCCACUUGAUCUGUGACACUUGCCCACAAAACAAUCGGUUUGUUUAUCCUGCUGAACUCAUCAACAAGCACAGAAGAAUCAAAGAAAAUCAGAGAGACCCCAUUUAGAUAAAUUUUAAGUGAAAAAAAACUUCCCGACGAGGAACUUCCACAGACAUCGUCAGAGGCUUUGGGUGACUAGGAAAAAAAGAAGCUCACCGAUGACCUUAUGGCCUCAUGGGAGUGACAAGUCUUAGGCAAGGAUAACACCAAGCAUAGGGGAAAAAACACGGGAUUGUAAGGCAUUGUCGUUAGUGACAGAAAUGAGGUCAUCAGUGAACUAAGAGGUGAUUUGUCGUCGUCAGGACCAGACUUUUGUUUCGGAGGAGCAUGGCAGCUGGAGUCGCGAGAUACUCCUGUUGGAGGGAUGAGAGAUAAGAAUGGGCGACAAGGAGAGUGGCCGGUAUCAUUGCUACGACGAAUACCCACCGCUCAAACCCAAUAAUACUGAUAGCCUCAAGCGUGAACCUCCGUCAUCACUGAAGGCGGGCACUUCGACGGGUAGCGGCGCCCCCGGAGGCGCAAUGGUUGGCGCCCCGUCCAAGUCUCGCAAGUGCUGCUCGUGCCUGGGCCCCAAAUCCGCACCCUUCUGGGUCGGUCUCCUUACCAAUCUCGGCAUAUGCACACUGCUCUUUGCAUAUACACUACUCGGCUCUUUCAUAUUUUUGGCCAUCGAGGGUGGUGCUUCGACGAUGCAACAAAAGACUUUGGCAUCAACGAAUCGCCAGAUGAAGCCCUCACCUACGACUGUACGAAGCGAUAAUGUCACAUUCUCACCGGCUGCCAUACAGGAUACCCUCGAGGCACGCCAGAGAGCAGUUGAGAAUAUUUGGGACAUCACCGUCUCCCUCAAUAUUCUGUAUCGUGAAAAUUGGACCAGACUGGCUGCUCUGGAGAUUGCCAGAUUCCAGGAACAACUCAUCAAGCGUCUCACUGAUGAUAUGAUAGCCCAAGGGGUUCAGCAAGGGGACACAGGAGCUCCGUCAACGGGUGCUGUAAUCGUGCAGACAUCCAGCCUCGGGCAGGAGUACGAUUGGACGUUUGCCAGAGCCUUCCUCUACUCCCUCACAGUUCUUACGACAAUCGGCUACGGUACGAUUGCUCCAAAAACCACUCUGGGUCGCAUUGUGACAUUGGCUUAUGCGGUCCUGGGUAUCCCCCUCACUCUUGUCUAUCUGUCGAGCACAGGUGGAGUUCUUGCUCGAGUUGCCAGGGGAUUCUUCUCAAGAGCCCUAUGCUGCUGCCUUUGCUCCAACUGUGGCUACUGUUGUUACGAUGAGAAACGCAUGGCUGAGAAGGAGCGCCGGAUGAAGAAGAAGCGUCAGCAGGAAGAACUCCGGGCACAGCAAAUGGCCCUACAGGAGCCCUACUAUGUCCGUUCUGGAUCACUUCACAAUAAUCUCCAUUCACCCGAGAAGCAGAUCCAAUUCCCGGAAAUUGACUCUCUUAGUGCCACUGAGUCUAAAGCCUCAAUGCACGGACUGAGCCUAUUGGCACCCAUCCUGCUCUGCCUCUGCAUGAUGGUCAUCUACAUUGGGCUGGGUGCUAUGGCCAUGUACCGUCUGGAGGGCUGGCCACUGCUCGAUGGUGUCUACUUCUGCUUCAUGAGUCUCUCGACAAUUGGCUUCGGGGACUUGGGGCGCAUCAGGAAGGAAUCUACAACCACAACCUGGUUCUGUUCCAUUUACAUCAUGUCGGGCAUGGCACUGACUGCCAUGUGUUUCAAUGUCCUCCACGAGGAAAUCAUCCAUAGGAUAAAGCACGUAGUUGAGAUUAAGAAGACCAAUGAGGAUGCCGAGUAUGGAGCAUCCUGACGGUACGAGAAGAACACUAACCUGUAUCAGCGCAAUCCCACCGAGGAGACACUCAUCACAGGAACCCCAACAUCCCUGAUCUUCGGCCAGGAGCCUGACCUCAAUCAGAUGCAUGUACUGAAAGAUUGUACAAAUCACAGUCUGGGUCAUGAGUUGGUUCCAAUUGUUACGAUGGGGGAUGGAAUUGUGCUGCCGGAAGUUCUAGACAACGUACCACAAAUGCAGGCGUGUUCGCAGCAAAUGCAACAGCCCCAAGUCCAAUCACAAUCUCAAUCAAGUGGACUAACAGGGGUCUACACCCUUCCGGAAGAGCCUGAAUUGGAGGCCGAAGAGAACACUCCAAUGUGAAGUAUUCGAAUAACUUAGAAAUCUCAACAGGAAAUCCGGUUAGUUGGUGUUUUCUACUUCAGAGACAUUCAGGAAUGAUUUUUUUUCUUCAAUAUUUACAAUCAUUUUGAAUCUUUUGGAUUUUCCUGAAUCCCUUUGCAAAUUUUUACAAUCUUUUUUCUUAUGAAUUAUAGCACCGAAUUAACUUUUGACUGAACAUUCAAUCUCUUGACACUAAAUUGUGUAAAUAAAUAGCAAAAAUCAUAAAAAAAACAUGUUAAAUGAGAAUUUUUUGUAUAUAACCUAGUGAAAAUUUCUGUCUUGGUACAGAUAGAGGAAUAUCUAAAGAGAUUUAAAUGUAUACUUAAAAAAUGAAUUGACUUACAAAUUGUUGAAAAAUUUGAAGAAGAUGAACUUGUACACUGAUAGAAAUGGACAAUGGAAAUCGGAGGUUCGAUUAAAAGAAUUUACACGAUUAAUUGUGUAAAAUCUUUGGUUUUCUUUUGCCACGAUUGAACUUUUUUUAUUUUUCUUCUUUAUAAAUGGCUAAUUUGUGAAACCGAAAUGAAAAUUAGUGAUUAUUAUAAUGAUUUACUUCACUUUCAUUUUAAAUUACACAAAAGUUUAAUUUGUGUAAACUAUUACACGAUUCUAAAAUAUCUACACUGUCAAUGUUAAGCUCUAAAUACGUAUUUUUCCGGAAAAUCGAAAAAUCAAACUACUUUUACUAAAAUAUAAGUUACCUUUAGGUUCAAACUUUUUGUGUAAAUAUUUUUUGUGUAAUUCUACAAUGAUAGCCUCGAUACAAAAAUUAAUCAACGUAUAUCAUUGAACAGUUUUAUAAUUACUUACACCACUUACUAAUUAUUUAGAAUAAAAGAUGAAUUUCCACUACCAUUUUCCGUUUCCGUUUCAAUCAGUGUACGUCAAAAGAAAUUUUAGAAAAUCGAGGAAAGCAACAGGUUGCUAAAAAAAAAUGUUGCCAAUAUUUAGUGAUCUUUUCGCACAAAGUCAGAGCUAUAUAUUUCGCAGAAAUGGCUGGAAAAAUUUCACUUCCUUUCCAUUGGAAGCACAAAAUAAGACAAGUAAGAGCCAAGAAGAGAAAAAUGAGCCGAAAUUCAUGACAGAAAGUGGAGCAAUUUUGAAUAAAGAUAACAGACCGGAAAAUGCUUCUUCCGCUUUUUCCUCUGGAGCUCAGAGAAAAGCCCUCCGUCUUUCCCAUUUCUGUCGAUUUCCCAGCAGACCGCCCUUUGCCAAAAAGCCCAAAAAGUGACUUUUGGGCACAUUAUAAUCGGAGUAAUUAGCAUUUUUCGAGGGAAGUCCGUAAUUAAUUUUUCAGUUCCAUUUCCGCCCAAUACCAAAGUCAUUUUGAGGAUAUGUUUAUGGCUGAGGAAUAUAUGGAAAAUGUUGAGUCUCAUCUGCCUAAAAUUUUCCCCACAAAACGAUGACUUUUUAACUCUGUUAUGAGAGACUUUUUGAACUCAAAAAGCUCCAAGCGACUUUUCUUCCCUAAUGCUGUUAUCACUCCAGAUUAAGCGACGAGCACAGGCGUAAGUGAUGAAAUUAAUUCAAUCGAGGGGAUGUUCAACAGAGGAUGUAUCAGAAUGAUAAAUUUUGCGAAAUAUGGCGUGAGAGAAAGAGAGAAGAAAAAAAGAUCAAAACUCCCACAGAGAAUUUAAACAACAUGACGUCACCACUAAAAUAUAUUGUAAAAUAGUUAUUGAAUACCACUUUUAUAUUAAUUUGUACGAGAGAUGUGUGUGCAUAUUUCCGAAAAUACGACACAUUUUAAUUACAAACCAAAUGGAAUUUGACAGUGAAGGUUUAUUAUAAAACACAAAAUAUACAAUAAAAAAAAAUUGAUAAUGGAAUGAGAUAUAAAAUCCGAAUAUAAAACUAUUAGGUAAAGAAAAAUUAAUUAGAUCCAAUAAACUAUGAUUGAAAAAAAACAUAAAAUGAAAAUAAAAUUGUGAUAAAAUCAUGCAAUGAAUGAUAGUCGAGUGAAUAAUAAAGAAAUGAACAA